CCGCUGAGCUACACCGGUGAAAACACAAAGAGUGAGGGUAGCUGAGAAUUUAAAGUGAUUUCAGGUGAUUUUAAUGAAUACAUUGUUAAUAUUUUUAUCUGAUCGUCAAGCUGUAAUAUCAAUUGGCAGAAGGUAUAGCAAGUACAGCUGUCAAUAAUGGAUAAUUAUUUGAAGAGCAUUUAUUCUUGAUAAAUAAAGAAAAUAACCUAAAAUAACCAAAUGGCUCCUCUUACUGAUCUUAUAUCUUGCAAUAUAAUAGAAAAAGACUGUAAUGGUGAUGUUUUAUGGGCAUGGAUUUAUCCUACUGUUUCCGAAGCUCAGAAAUCACUGAUAACUCGUAAAUGUGGAUUAUCAUCUGAAAAUAAUAAUUCACAACCAUUCACUUUUUCUCGAUUUAAUAAUGAAUGGUUUUAUAUUAAUUGCUGUGAAGUUUUUGACACGGAUAAAUUACCUAGGGUCAAGCAAUUCGCUCUUGUAUUAUUUACAAAAGAUUUCAAUCCACAAAAAUAUGAAAUGCUAAGCCGAGUGUUGAGUAAAAUGUAUUCUAAGACUGGCGAUCCAAUUGAAAUACUGAAACUUUAUUUAUCAGUUUCUAUUAAUGGAUCAUGCACAACACAAGAAAAUGGAAUAUUUAAAGCUGAUCAUUAUGAUAUUAAUCCUAAUCAUGAUACGAAUGUGAGAGAUCUUAUUAGAGCGUUUGAAUUAGAAACAAUUCUAAUUUAUACAGGAUUAUUAUUGAAAAAACGUAUUUUUAUUUAUCAUCAUAGUUUAGAACAAUUAUUUAAAUGGAUUAAAACAUUCCCAUCGUUGAUGAAACAUAGAAAUGUCACGGAUUAUUUAUUUCCAUGGAUUGAUUCGAUACCUGAAGAAAUUAAUGAUUUAAAGGGAAAAAAGUACUAUGUAGCAGGGUGCAGAGACAGUUCAAUAUCAUUAAAACCAGAGUUAUACGAUCUCUUAGUAAAUAUUCCUGCUAGAGAAAUAACUAUUGCACCUCAUGCUAAAGAAAGUUUUACUAUGACCAAAACUCACAAAGAAAUUGCUCUUUUUAUGAUACAAUUAAGUGAAAAGAAUUCUUUAAGUGAAACACAAAUAAUUCAAGAAAUUGCAGAUAAAACACAAGAUUUGUUGAAUCAAUUAAAUUCAAUUGCAUCAACUGAAGACCAAGAUAAAAAGAAAGUCUUAUCUAUUAAAAUUAUUCGAGAACGUAAUUUGCCAACAGCUGUUGAAAAUUUUUUAAUAAAUUUAGCUAUUGCUGAAGACUUCACAGUUAUCUAGGAUUUUUAAAAAUAUCCGGAUAAAUGAUAUUAUAUAUUUUUUUUUCAAGAUAAUUUUAUGGUUUAUAUUAAAGAAUAAUUUAUAAUGAAAAUUCGCAAUAUUUUAUAAAACAAUUCUAAUAAA